UCAAGGCUGUCUCUGGAACUGGGAUUAGAUCUGACAGGGGAAAGAGGGUCAUAGGACUUUUGGAACUAGAAAGGACUCUGCAGUCACCCCGUCCAGCCUUGUCAUUACUGAGGGGUUACAGGCCUAGAGAGCAGAGGUGACGGCCCUCAGGCCACACAGCCACAAGGCAGAGUGGAGCCAUGAACCCAGCUCCUGCCCAGAGCCGGGACCGAAGGAUCCCCAAAGCUGCAUCCCCAGACGGCCGGGAUGGCAUCCCUGAGGUCUCUUUCAGCCAAGGCUGUCACCGUGGGGCAGGGAGUCCUUCCGAUGGGCUGACUCACUGCCUGGGGACGCAGCCGCCACAAAGCCGCCCUCGCCAAGGCCUGGCUGGCCCCUCGGGCUCCGGGAACGGGAGUCGGAUUCCCAGCACCCAGCCUGAGUCACGACGACUCGCGUUUCUCGCUCGCUCGCUCACCUCUCGGCACCAUGACCACCUGCAGCCGCCAGUUCACCUCCUCCAGCUCCAUGAAGGGCUCCUGUGGCAUCGGUGGUGGCUCCAGCCGCAUCUCCUCCGUCCUGACCGGAGGGUCCUGCCGGGCCCCCAGCGGCUACGGGGGCCUGUCACCAUGCAGAACCUCAACGACCGCCUGGCCUCCUACCUGGACAAGGUGCGCGCCCUGGAGGAGGCCAACACUGACCUGGAGGUGAAGAUCCGUGACUGGUACCAGAGGCAGCGGCCCAGUGAGGUCAAAGACUACAGCCCCUACUUCAGGACCAUUGAGGACCUGAGGAACAAGAUCAUUGCAGCCACCAUCGAGAACGCACAGCCCAUUCUGCAGAUCGACAAUGCCAGGCUGGCGGCCGAUGACUUCAGGACCAAGUACGAGCACGAGCUGGCCCUGCGCCAGAGCGUGGAGGCCGACAUCAACGGCCUGCGCCGCGUGCUGGACGAGCUGACCCUGGCCAGGACCGACCUGGAGAUGCAGAUCGAGAGCCUGAAGGAGGAGCUGGCCUACAUGAAGAAGAACCAUGAGGAGGAGAUGCUUGCCCUGCGGGGUCAGACCGGCGGGGAUAUCAACGUGGAGAUGGACGCAGCGCCCGGCGUGGACCUGAGCCGCAUCCUGAACGAGAUGCGCGACCAGUACGAGCAGAUGGCGGAGAAGAACCGCAGAGACGCUGAGGCCUGGUUCCUGAGCAAGACCGAGGAGCUGAACAAAGAAGUGGCCUCUAACAGCGAACUGAUACAAAGCGGCCGCAGCGAGGUGGCCGAGCUCCGGAGGGUGUUCCAGAGCCUGGAGAUCGAGCUGCAGUCCCAGCUCAGCAUGAAAGCAUCCCUGGAGAACAGCCUGGAGGAGACCAAAGGCCGCUACUGCAUGCAGCUGUCCCAGAUCCAGGGGCUGAUCGGCAGCGUGGAGGAGCAGCUGGCGCAGCUGCGCUGCGAGAUGGAGCAGCAGAACCAGGAGUACAAGAUCCUGCUGGACGUGAAGACGCGGCUGGAGCAGGAGAUCGCCACCUACCGCCGCCUGCUGGAGGGCGAGGACGCCCACUACCAGUCCCAGCACUCGUCCGGCCAGUCGUAUUCUUCCCGCGAAGUCUUCACCUCCUCCUCCUCGUCCUCUUCCGGCCACCAGACCCGGCCCAUCCUCAAGGAGCAGGGCUCGUCCAGCUUCAGCCAGAGCCAGAGCUCCAAGCACUGAGCUGCCUCUACCAGAGCCUCCUGCCCUCCCGCCGGCCUCACCUCCUGAAGGCCCCCGAGUCAGGACCCUGCUCUCCCUGCGCGGUUCCCAGCUGUCCCCCCUCCCCUCCGCUGGUGGCGGGCUAAUAAAGCUGACUUUCUGGUUGAUGCAAA